GUGCAUUUACAUGAACCUUAACUUGUACAUUUGAACAGUUCGUAUCCUAAAAAGAACUAAAAAGAGCUGGGGUAUGUGUUGCUUUCGGAGGACAGAAUCUUAAGUGCUAUUGUCUAUAAAAGCCCUUCAACGUGAUUGGGAUUUGGGAGAUCAGAUUGAGCGUUGGGAGUUGUUAAUGUCUAUAUGGGUGGUAACUUUGGUCGUCAUUCUUAAAGAAUCACCAUGAUCAGCAAAUACGUAUCAACAUCCUGCAGUGUUCUGUUAGGCGAAUCACGAACACCCGCCACAAUAUCAAGCCUGCUUCCGUGCAAUGCCACCAAUCUUCUAAUAUCCUGUUUCCGACAAGGCCGGUUAGGGGAAGGCCGUGGACUGUUUGACGAAAUGUCUGAUAGCCACAGGGAUGUUGUCUCAUGGACCACCACCAUCACCGGCUACGUCUCGCAAGAGUGUUACCUCGAUGCAGUGACUGUGUUUCGGGACAUGAGGCGUGAAGGUGUUCGUCCCAAUGCCUUCACUCUCUCCUCCACUCUCAAGGCGUGCUCUGGCUUGAGCUAUUACUGGCUAGGCUCUUCCGUUCACGCGUGCAUGCUGAAGGAUGGAUGGGAGGCGUCUAGUUAUGUAGAGAAUGCGCUUCUUGAUAUGUAUGUGAAAUGCAAUUGCAUGCACGAUGCUUGGUCGGUGUUCAAUGGGAUACACGUGAAAACUGCAGUUUCGUGGACGACCAUGAUUGCAGGAUACUCUAGGAAGGGCGGCGGAGAGGUGGCGGUUCAAAUUUUCCGGCGUAUGCUUUUAGAAGGAGUUGAGUUGAAUCAUUUCGGUUGCUCCAUUGCGCUGCGAGCUUCGGGGUCGAUCGAGUCAUUGGCCUGCGGAGAACAGAUCCAUGGAGCAGCAAUCAAAUUGGGUUACGACAAGAACAUUGCCGUGGGCAAUGCCACCAUCGACAUGUAUGCACAUUGCUGGAGAUUCUUGGAAUCCAGAAAAUUGUUUGACGAAAUGCCUCAGAGAGAUUUGAUUACCUGGAAUACCAUCAUAUCUGCAUAUGAAAAAUUUGGCUUUCUGGACUGCCUACAUGUGUGCAUUGAGAUGGAAAAGCAAGGUCUGAGGCCCAACUGUUUCACCUUCACUAGCCUGGUUACUGCCUGCUCGAAUCUGACCGCCUUGGCCUGUGGACAACAGGUACAUGGGCGCGCAAUGAAGAGUGGGUUCAGUGAGGACGUUCCCUUAGCAAAUGCGUUGAUUGACUUAUAUGCAAAAAGCGGUGACGUUUACAACUCCAGAAGAGUUUUUGAUGAGGCCCCCUCCAGAGACCUGGUUACAUGGACAUCAAUGUUGAUGGGAUACGGGAAGCAUGGGUAUGGCAAUGAAGCAAUCGAAUUGUUCAAUCUGAUGAUAUCUAAUGGUGUUCGUCCAGAUCAUGUGGCAUUCUUAGGUAUUCUUUGUGCAUGCAGUCAUUCUGGGCAUAUCGACUAUGGUUUGUCACAGUUUAGAUCAAUGAGCAUCAAUUACUCUCUUCAACCAAAGCUAGAGCACUACGCAUGCGUGGUUGAUAUGCUUGGUCGUGCCGGCAAUCUUGAAGAAGCAUUCAAAUUGAUCAACAGCAUGCCCCUUCCAGCCGAUGAAUCUGUAUGGGGUGCUCUUCUUGCUGCCUGCAGAGUACACAGUAAUCCAAGCUUGGGAAGAGUAGCUGCACAGAAGAUACUAAGCUUGAGGCCAGAGCAUUCAGGCACGUAUACGUUGCUAUCAAAUAUCCAUGCCAGUGCAGGAGAAUGGAGUGAAUUUGCAAGAACGAGGAAGCUGAUGAAAGAGAAUGCUGGUAGAAAAGAGCCAGGCAGGAGUUGGAUAGAGGUCAAUAAUCAAGUCCAGGUUUUUGUUAUGGGUGAUACUGCCGCCCCCCAGAUGUCCCUUGUGUACGAAGAGUUGAAGGCACUAUAUCAGCUAAUGAAAGAAGCCGGUUAUGUUCCUCACUUGGACACAUCACUGCAUAUCGUCGAUGACGGCUGAAAGAAUUUGAAGCACGUUACAUGCAAAAAUUAGCAACUGGUAAAAUAUUCCCAAGAUCUUGUUUUCCUGGCUUCUGUCCUUUUCAUAGCCUUUUUCUAUACAACUCUUUUCAUAGGAAGAUGGGCAUAGAUGCCACUAAUAGCCAGUUGUGAUAUAUAUCUGUUGACAAGGCACGCGCAGGAGUUCCUUUACCAACACGAUGAAACUAAAUUCCUGUACUUAAGUCUUAAGAUGCUUGUUUCCAACCCAAUUAGUGUGUUUGCAGAGGCUUGGAAAUGGGUGUUCUAUUUGGUGGAUAUGUAUUGAACUGUUUUAAACAGUAGUUACCUAUGCCUCUCCUGACCCAGUACUUUUCUCUUAGUCUUCCACCUGAUUGUUUGCUAUGCCAUUAGCUUCCCUUAUAGCAGUGAAUUCUUAUAUCCGCACUGAUAAUUUAAAUGUCUACAAACUUUUUUUUUUUCAUAAUUUUAGAUUUGAUAUGCAGUUUUCAGUUUAUAUAUGUCUGCUCUGCUAGACAAGGUCAGCUGAUGAAUAGAAGGGCAUUACAAGAAUGGAUGCUCCAAUAUCGAGAUGAAACUGAUUGACAGGUAACAAUUGCAUGAAAAAUGCGAACAGAUUGAGAAGUGAGAAGAAAUAUCAGUGGGAGAGACAAGCUGAGGAAAAACAAGUAUCUGAAUCCUUGGCCUAUGCAAUUUUCACUUUCAUCACAUAAGAAACACGUAGAAUAUCAAAAUAAUACCCAACAGUAAAAAAUCAUAUUCAUCACAUAACAACCACAUAGAAUAUAAGAAAGAGCCAACAGUAAUGAAUCCUAUCAAAGCCAAUGGUAUUUUUCGGCAGCUAUGACUUUUUGGUUACGAGUUUUUGUUCUCAUGUUAAUACACAUAACAUGCAUGUAAUUCAGGAAACAUGAAUAACAUACACCAUCCUCCUGUAGGUGACAUGUGUUUCGUUUUAGUCGCUAGUCUGAGGAUUUUUUCCCUCUUUUUCCAAUUGUAUUUUUGUUGCUGAAGGAACUGGGCAUAGCUCAGCUCUGAAAAUGCCAACAAUUUUCAGCCAAGGACGUGUCAAAUAUCCGGAAUGACAGAUGUUGAUCUAGCCAACUCUCAAAGGAGUUUGAGGAUUAUACAGGAGGUAGCAUGAAUGAAGCUCAAAUCAGAUUUCUUAUAUUUUCAGUUGCAUUAUUUCUCUUUCUACUUUUCGAUGCCUAGAACCUCUCUGUUGUGUGCUAGUUGCGGGGGCAAGGCUUUGGAAAAGUGACGCUUUGGUUGACUUUUGACUAUCUUUUUUUUUUUUUUUUAUAGAAGGGAAGGGGGCAUUCGGGGCAUCUUCUUCUUCUGUGCGUGUGCAUGUGAUAUCUUAGACUAAUCAUUCAACCAAAGCGGACAUUUAUUGAUGAUCCAGCACACUUGCAAAUGCCCAAGGAAAGAAAGAUCAGCUGUGAAAAUGCCAACAUUGUUCAAUCCAGGCUGUGUUAUGCAGCACGGCAGGAGCUGACUGAUUCCAAAAGAGUCGAAGAUCAUACAAGGGGAGGUAGUUUAUUUUAUUCAGAUUAUUUUUAUAUAUUAAAUAAUGUGCACAUGAAAAUUCUUAUAUUUUGAGUUACAGUGUCAUGUGUUUCAUGUUUUGAUUCAUGAGCGAAGAACCACUCUGGGCUGUAGUUCCACCAUAAACCUGAAACAGUAUGUCAAAAUUUUCAGACUAUAGCACAAACGGGAUUGUCAUAUAUGUCUCUUGCUAUCACUAAAAGAAGGGAAACCUCGAAGUCGUGAGGAUUUUCUUCGUGCAUGGCUUCAUCAUUGGUGAAUCUUGUACCAAAUAAAGACAAGCUUGGGGAACCUUAGGUGGAUUUGAAAGCUACAUCAAGGAUAAAAGGCGAUUCCACUGCUGAAGAUAUCAUAUAAGAUUCAGGAGCAGAAGUUUCGAAUACACGAAAGCUAAUAUUUGAGUUUGAUGCCUCCAGUUGCUGCACUCACUUGGUUCCUGUUCAAGACCCAAGCGCCCUUGUUACCGUGGCAUGACUUGGCUGCUCAUUACAGUUGUAAUAUGUAAACGCCACAUUUGCCUGCAAGGUAUCAAUCCAUUGUACUGCAAGUUGGACUCUGUAAGGACUUGGAAGAGUUUACCAAGCAAGCCAGACCGCAUCCUAGAGAAGUUUCGCAGGAAGAGAGUUCUGCGCUGUAUAAAAGAAGACAAUAAACGAGUUCAUGGCAAAGAAGGCAGGAACUUAUUUUUUACUUGUCAGCAGCAGUCGGGAGGCCUGUACCAAGAAAGCCAGAAAGAAUGUCUUUUUCGCUUUUGUAGCAAAAAGUGGGUCUCAAUUAUGAAAUUUCCCCAUUUGAAACCCAAGAACUUGGGAGGUUAACUGAAAAAAGUGGACCUCAAAUCUUUACAUUUGGAUCAAGUUAGAAAUGCCAAUGCUUGUGGAUUAUCCAAUAUAUGUAAAUCCGAUCAAUUGACUUUGGGUAAGAGAACCCAAAAAUGAUUAAUAAACUGUUCUUACUGAAUCAGGGGAAAAUGGGGAGGGAUAUCUGAAUCUCAUUACAUGUAAAAAUUGAAUUCGA